AUGGGCAAGCCAGCAGACUUUUCGAGCAUACUCAAUGGAGUGAUGUGGUCUCAGGUGGUCCUUGGCACUAUCCUCGUCGCGUUGCGAAUGUACACGAGACAGUACGUUGUAAGAAACGUCGGAUGGGACGACGUGUUGAUGUUGGUCAAUCUGGCUACAUUUAUUGGCUACGUCGGUUGUAUAUCAGUCGGCAUCAACUACGGUGUUGGCAAACAGACGGCAGAUAUCGUUCGCCUCGACCUCAACUACUCUAAAUCCAUCAUGUGGGAAGCCAUCGGCCAAGGCAUAUGUAUUAUGGGAAUAGCUGCAUCCAAAGGUUCAGUAGCGCUCUUCCUCUUGCGCAUCGUCCUCAAGAGAUGGCACAUCGCCAUCCUCUGGUUCUGCAUAGCGAGCACGACAGUGCUUUGCAUCAUCACAACCACCCUUUUGUACACUCAAUGUGUACCUUCGGCAUUCUUGUGGGAUCAAACGAUCGAAGGUGGCUAUUGCUGGCUCAACUUCACCGAGGUUGGCCUGACUAUGGGUGCUUGGUCUGCAGCUAUGGAUUUUGUUCUUGCUCUCCUCCCCUGGCACAUCAUCAUGGAACUCAAUAUGAAGCGUAAGGACAAGAUUACAAUAGCAUCCGGUCUUUCACUAGGCAUCUUCGCGGGCGCGUGCUCCGUCGUCCGGACCAUCGAACUACAAUCCAUGUCAUCAAUGGAAAACUACGUAUACGACACUGCUAGCAUGCUUCUAUGGUCUUCUACCGAAGUCUUUCUCACUAUCGUUUGCGCCUGUGUCCCCGUCCUUCGUCCGCUUUACGUCCGCAUCAGAUACGGUUCACGCGGCGACUCGUCAGGCCAGAAUUCGUAUCCGCUCAAGGACUAUUCCAAGUCCAAAAGCAGUCGUGGUAUAGACGGAAGCAGAAAAUCGGAGAAAAUAUACAUGGGUCCUGGAGAGAGCGUGCUACAGACAACAGUUCGCAUGGGCAGUGACACAGCGAGCGAGGAGACGAUACUCAGGGAGACUCACGCCAACAACACAUGGAACAAUGAAGCAGCAAACAAAGACGCGGGCGAUAUCACGAUCACUACUACGGUUACUUCUAGAGACGAAUAUGUAUGA